AUGGCGACACCCACCGGGCCUCAGUCACAAAUUACUUGCGAAACACCAAGUAGCAUCUCAGAUGAAGCCAAAGACGCCUGCAACUUGACCGCCCUAAGCAUCUUUCCGGAUGCCGACCACGACUGGCUCGGCACCGUCUGCAGCAAGCAUGGCUAUAAUGCCGAACUUGCCAUUGCUCAUAUAGCUGACUUGCUUGAGGAUGGCAAAUCUUACCCCAAAAGGGCACGGCAACGGCAGAAGCGUAAGCGGUCAUCAAGCAGCGAGGAUGUCCGCGAACAGGUGGGCAAAAGAUUCUCUGGACAGGGAUAUCGUGACAAAUGCAUGACCAAGGCAUACGAAACUACUGCGAAGCAUACACUCAGGAAAGGCUUCCCCUUCGUCAAGGUCAGGACACUGGACUCUAUGUUUGUGCUGAACGAUCGCAGCACAUUCCAGACCUGCCUGGCUGUGCAGAAGAUGCUGAGUGACCCUGAUGCGGGAAAAUAUGACUUGAUACUAAAGAAAAGCGUCAAGAAAUCGGACAACGAUCUGGAAAACGCAAUCUCCUCAGCUGUGGGAGAAGAAAGAGAAGUGUUGGAGGAACUCCUGGCUGCCUUUAGUGUUGGUCAGGCAGAAAAGGAUGCUCCAAGGCGACUUGACCAGGGGCGAAAUAUUGUGCAGGAUGAGCAAGAAAACCUUGCCCUCGCCAAAGCCACAGGACCCGCCUCUGAAUGCGGCUGUUGCUUUGAGGAGUUCGCGCGCAAUCAAAUGGUCUAUUGCAACAGCCUAGAGCCCCACUUCUUUUGUCGGCAAUGCUUCACGUCCGAGGCGGCAAGGCUAGUAGGGCUGAAUAAAUUCAGGAUUGAACGCAUGUCCAUGGAUGGUGAUUGCCCAAUGGGCUUUUCCAGAAUUCAGAUGCUGCAGCUUGACAGCAAGCUUCGCUUUGCCUUGGAGAGGGUCGAGCAGGAUGAGGCCAUCCGCGAAGCAAGACUGGAAAACCUGGAGACGUGUCCAUUUUGUCCGUACGCGGAAGAAUAUCCUCCCAUAAAUCUUGAUAAAGAAUUUCGCUGUCGAAACCCUGAUUGCGAAAUCAUCAGUUGUCGGAGUUGUCGGCUCGAGACUCACAUCCCUAAGACCUGCGCGGAAGCUGCAGAAGAUAAUGCGAAGGAUGAUAUUGUCUCGGCUCGGCAUGCCAUCGAAGAGGCCAUGUCUUCAGCAAUGAUUCGUCAUUGCAACAAGUGCAAGACGCCUUUCAUCAAGGAGUAUGGUUGUAACCAGAUGAGAUGUACCAAGCCGAGUUGCCGCAAUAUGCAAUGUUAUAUUUGCCACAAAUCGUGCCAAUAUGACCAUUUUGACCACAUGAGCUACGGCGGCAAGCCUGGGAACUGUCCCUUGUUCGAACAAGAUGUUGAGAAACGGCAUGAGGAUGAAGUUUCAGCAGCCGAAGAACUAGCUCGUCAGGCUGCCAUGACCGCAAAUCCGCAACUAGACAGGGAAGCUCUCAAGAUCGAAUUCUCCCUUCAGGUGGAACAGGACGAGAAAAACCGAAAAUUAGCCCGGGACAAAAAGAGCCAUGGAAUCGAUGCUGCCCGUCAUGCACUCCAGGCCAGACCGCAGGCGCAACGACAAACAUUGGAACAAGCACGUUUAAUAGUUCAGCAAGCUUUAGAGCGCAACAAAGGUGCUAAUCAGCGAGGAGUCAUUGCCCACGACAUGUCGCAGUCGGCUCGUCAGCCUAUAAACUCGGGGCUGGCCUUGGGAGCGCCAAUCCCAGCACAACAUCCACUUGUGCCAGCCCUACCAUUGCAGCUCGCACAGCCCAUUCCAGCCCAGGGUGUUCUCGGUCAGCGGCCCCAAAUCUAUCCACCAAUCCCAUACGUACAAAUUUCACGACCUGUAUUCUACCCGUGGGCUUUUCAAAAACUCGGAGCCCUCCCAGCCAUAUCUACACCACGUUUACCACCAGCGGCACCCCAGGGCUAUAGCGCUGCUUUAGGUCUCAAGCCGCAACGGCAGGCUAUCCCAAGCCCCAACCCUCUUGGCAACAAAACAGCGCAGGUGCAAGCUUUAGGCGGGAGCUGGGAUUACUCUCAGUAUACUCCCAAAGCCGAAGGCGCCAAAGUACAGAAACAACAACAAAGGCCUGCUCAACAAUACCAGUCAAUGCUCCCGAGCAUAGAAGGAUUUGAUAGACCAGGCCAAUCCUUACUAGCCCAGCACUUACCCAUCUUUGGUCAUGGUGCUCAGCAAAAUAUGGCAGCGUCUCAGCUCGGUUCUCAACAAAACCCGAUCGACCUUGACGCAGGAGUUGACUACCCUGAGCAUACAUAG